GGGAAUUUAUCAUUACACAUUCAGCUGGACUACAGUGGAGGUAAAACUCGAAAAUGAAGGUGGUAACAUGUGAGAUAGCGUGGCACAACAAGGAGCCGGUGUACAGUCUGGAUUUUCAGCACAGCACAGAGGGACGCUUUCAUCGGCUGGCCACAGCUGGAGUGGACACCACAGUCAGACUGUGGCGGGUAGACAUGGGCCCAGAUGGGAAAGCAGCUGUGGAGUUUCUGUCUAACCUGGCCAGACACACCAAGGCUGUCAACGUCGUUCGCUUUAGCCCCAACGGAGAACUGCUUGCCUCAGGAGGAGAUGAUUCUGCGAUUUUGCUUUGGAAACUUAAUGACUCUAAGGAGCCUGAGCAGGCCCCUGUGUUCCAGGAGGAAGAGGAUGCGCAGCUCAACAAGGAGAGCUGGUCUGUGUUCAAAACCCUCAGAGGGCACAUAGAGGAUGUGUAUGACAUCUGCUGGACACGAGAUGGAAACCACAUGGUGUCUGGCUCUGUGGACAACACAGCCAUAAUGUGGGACAUCAACAAAGGACAGAAGUUGUGUAUAUUAAAUGACCACAAGAGCUACGUGCAGGGGGUGGCCUGGGAUCCUCAGGGCCAAUAUGUCGCCACUCUCAGCUGCGACAGGGUAAUGCGCGUGUACAGCACUCACACAAGGAAGAAGGCCUUCAGCAUCAGCAAAAUGAGCUCGGGGCCACUUGCAGAGGGGGAGAUCAAACAGCACAGAAUGUUCCAUGAUGACAGUAUGAGGUCAUUCUUUCGUCGCCUCUCAUUUUCACCAGAUGGGUCAUUCCUGCUUGCCCCAGCUGGAUGUGUGGAGGUUGGAGAAAACAUCAUAAAUACCACCUACAUCUUUUCCAGGAAAAGUUUAAAAAGGCCCAUCGCCCACCUGCCAUGUCCAACUAAAGCCACUCUGGCUGUUCGCUGCUGCCCUGUUUACUUUGAACUCAGGACCAAGAAAGGAGAAGAUGGCUCUAUCCAGACUCUUCCUAACACCUUCCAGCUGCCCUACCGCAUGGUGUUUGCUGUGGCCUCCGAAGAUUCCGUCUUCCUGUACGACACGCAGCAGAGCGCUCCGUUCGGCCUGGUGUCCAACAUCCACUACCACACGCUCAGUGAUCUCACAUGGUCUGGUGAUGGUUCCUUCCUGGCCGUGUCCUCCACAGACGGCUACUGCUCCUUCCUGUCCUUCUCUCCUGGUGAGCUGGGAACGCCACUGAAGGAGCCACCCACUUUGGAAGUAUUUGUCCCAAACAGUGGAGUUGAGAAGAAGGGAAAGAAGGCCACAGCGAGCAAAAAUUCCUCUCCCAAUUCCCAAACAUUAACACAAGCCCCAAAUCCAUCGGCCCAAACCAGCAUAAACAAAGAUGUCCCUCUCCCAACCCCUCCAGAGGAGAAGACCACACCGAAAGCCAUAUCCAAACCCCAGCCCCGUCGGAUCACCCUCAACACGUUAGAGGGGUGGGGUAAACCCGCGUCCACUAAAACCUCAGAACCCCUGGCGCCUCAGACCCCAGGGUCUGGGGCCGCGAGCGCACCACCCGCUCCCCAAGCAGCGCUCACCCCCCUCCCGCCCAACAGCGCCUCAACUAAGAAACGCACAGCACCGCUCACUCCCUGCACACCGAGAAACCCCAACGGCCCGAAUGGCGCUGGCCCCACCACCCCGAAGGCGCCCACCACCACCCCGAAGGCCCCCACCACCCCGAAAGCAGCCCCCACCACCCCGAAAGCGGCCCCCACCACCCCGACGGCCCCCACCACCCCGAAAGCGGCCCCCACCACCCCGAAGGCCCCCACUACCCAGAAGGCACCCACCACACCGAAAGCACCCACUACCCCGAAGGCCCUCACACCCAGGAGAGUGUCUUUGACACCGGUCGGAUCCCGGUCUCCAUCAGUUAGCUCACUUUUCAGUGCUUCUUCCUCCACAGAGAAGGCCAAACACGAGCGCCCGUCUCCUCCCACUGACAAAGUGUGCCAACCUCCAGAGUCCAAACGGCCCAAGACCAGCGACACCCCGGCAAAGCCCAGUGUCAGCUAG